GCACCGCCGCCGCCGCGCCGCCGUCGGAAUCGGAGCGGGGGGGCUGAGCCGGCCGAGCGGGGUUCCCUCGGCGGGCCAUGGAGGGUUACAAGCGGUGGGUCCGGAGGAACAGGGAGUACGUGAACUCGUUGGAGUCUCUGGCCAACGGUUUAACAUGGCUGCUGCCAGAGCGAUUCUCUUCUUCAGAGAUAGGACCAGAAGCAGUGACUGCUAUCUUGGGUGUUAUAACUGCCAUCAAUGAACACAUAAUUGAUACCGCCCCAUCUCAGAUCCACACUGGUCAUCCUGAGCCUUCUACAUUUCCUUAUUCGUUAUGCAUAUCUGCAUUAAAGGACUUGGAAACACUUGUUGAAGUUGUUGCACAACAUUACUAUGGUGAUACCAAGAAGUGGAACUUCAUUGCAGCUACAGAGGCUAUUAAGUUUUCGGUCAGGUUAGCCAUGUUUCGGAAUAGUGGCUAUAAGAUGCUUCUACAGGGCGGGGAGAAUCCAAAUUCUGAGAAGACAUCAGAAGUUUCCUUCUCACAGUCCAGACCUGGAGAUUUCAGAAAACCUGGAUUUUAUAGUGGGCCUGGUUCUUUCAGGAAUAGCUUUGGGCAGAAUGGACAGAAUGGGCAGAAUGGGUGGAAUCUGGAAGGAAGAGCACUGUCGGCGUUAAGCAGAUUUGGAGAGAAUGCCAGAAUGGUUUCUGACCCAGCGUGGUUGCGCAGGGUGCAGCAACAGAAUUCUAUUAUGGAAUCAAUCGCUCCAAAGGCAGAGAAAUCAACAUUGUCAUCUAUUUUGUCCGAGAAGGGUGUUCAUGGAUCUUUAUAUCUCAUGGGGGAAAUCCUAUUUAUUGCAAGGCCGCUAAUCUAUGUUUUAUUUAUUAGAAAGUAUGGAACUCGGUCUUGGACUCCUUGGUUUCUUUCACUGGCCAUGGAUGUGGUUGGCGUUGGCAUCUUUUCUCAAGUUAUGUUGUCUGGAUGGGGUAGUAGAGAUCACAAGUUUCAGUACACCACUGCAGAAAAAGAUGAGUUGAAAAGAAGAAAGGUACUCUGGGCACUCUACCUCAUGAGAGAUCCAUUUUUUAGCAAAUACAUAAGGGAAAGGCUCGACAAAGCAGAGAAACUGUUGGAACCUGUUCCCCUUUUUGGGGCUCUUACAGCUAAAGUCAUAGAGCUGAUUGUCGGAGCCCAAACACGGUAUACGUACAUGUCAGGCUCAUAAGAGUGAAGCCUUAGAAAGCUGUGCUACACUUUUGAGUAGCCACGCCCACCAGGAAUAGAAUAAAGGACUGUAUCCACUAUCCUCAUGAGUUGCUAGAAGUUGAGGGACGAUGUCUCGGUGACAAAAAUCGACAUGCUGACGUUUCUGGAAAAUAACAUGAUAACUGGUGAAGUUCUGCUGCAGAUCUUAAAUUGUACACUGGUUUCUUGGUUUUGUUGGAAACAUAUUUUGCUUCUAGCUUGGAUUGCAUCUGGGAGGAAGUUCUCAUUGCGCAGACUUCACUUCAGAGUCGGGGUUCAAUCAUGUUGACUUUUCUUGGGGGGCUUUGGAAGAAAAUCUCAUAUCCCCUUUACUUUAUGCUGUCUAGUAAUUCUUCUU